UCCUCAUCCACACAACCACGAAUCAGCCACAUGAUUGCCGAUUGGUUCGUUUCCUGAUCUCUCCUGACAGGUCAGCAAAGAAAGUAAAAAAGAAAAAACUAGAAAACACCCUCUUCAUAAAUAGCCAACAUUCUAUCUUCAAGCUCUCUCACAUGGUGUUCUUCUAGCUCUUCAAAGAAAAACCUUGAAGAUCGGCGGCUAUGGAGGCCCUCAACUCAGCCGUUCCGACUCCAUUUCCAGUCCUCGCCAAAAGAACGGAGCCCAGGAAGAACCCAUCGCAGCCCAGCUGCUCCAUUCCUCGCUCCAAGAAUCAGUCUUUGUCCCUCUCUAGAAGCUUCAAUGGCGGCUUGGUUCUCUUAUCCUCGCUUAUCAGCUCGGGAAUCUCUAAAGCUCUCUCAUACGACGAUGCCCUUCAGCAGUCAACCGACGGCGCCUCGGGGAUCGAUCUCAACGGCGCAAUUACCUUCGCGGCCGAAAAUCCGGUGGUAAUCGGCGGCGGAAUGGCGGCGGCCGUGGCCGUUCCGUUGUUGGUCUCGCAGCUGGUGGGUAAGGGCAAGGCGUGGGGCGUGGAGAGCGCCAGGAAUGCCUACGCGAAAUUGGGCGAGGAUGAAAAUGUCCAGCUGCUCGAUGUAAGAUCGACGGUGGAGAUUAAGGGAGCUGGGAGGCCCGAUUUGAAGGGCUUGAAGAAAAAGGCUGUAGGGAUUAUGUACAAAGGGGAAGAUAAAGUGGGUUUUUUGGAUAAGUUGAGUUUGAGGUUUAAGGAGCCACAGAAUACAACUUUGUUCAUACUGGACAAAUUUGAUGGGAACUCGGAGCUCGUGGCCGAGCUUGUGACAGCCAAUGGCUUCAAAGCUGCUUAUGCAAUCAAAGAUGGAGCAGAAGGGCCAAAAGGGUGGAAGAACACUGGACUUCCUUGGAUACCUCCUAAGAAAGGGUUGAGUUUGGACUUCAGUAGUUUAACCGAUGCUUUUGAGGAAUCUUCUGAGAUUGUGCCUCUUACCCUUGGCAUUGCUGCUGCUGCUGGUCUUGGAAUUUUUACAUUUACAGAGGUAGAAACAGUUCUCCAAGUUUUAGGUUCAGCUGCUCUUGUUCAGUUUGUUAGCAAGAAACUUCUAUUUGCUGAGGAUAGAAAGCAAACCAUACAACAAAUUGAAGAGAUUUUGAACACAAAAGUAGCUCCAAAAGAGCUCGUGGGCGAUAUACAGGAAAUUGGAAAAGCUUUGUUACCAACUGUUGUAACUAGCAAGGCCCUACCUGCUCCGGAAGAAGAAGCCAGCCCUGUUUCAAGUUCAACCGAUAAUUCUGUACAAAAAUCUGAAUCUAUUCCAGAAGUAGUCAACUCAGUUUCGAAAGCAGAAGUUCAAAAGGAAUCACUUCCCAUUGCUCCAAGGUCACUUUCACCGUAUCCUAAUUAUCCCGAUUACAAGCCUCCAUCGUCACCCAUACCAUCACAGCCAUGAUAUCGUUCGAAAGGGCCUUUAGCAAGCAAACUCAACUUGGCCCGGGAAAUUAGACGUGCAGUUUUUUUUAUGAAUUAUGAUCGUCAUAAAGCAGAUUUUUCGAGGUCACAUAAGCAUAUUUAUGCAAGAAAUGUAUCUGUAGGGUCAUUUGUAGAUGGUUCUUGAAUUCAUGCACUGGCUAUGCUGCCAAAUUUUAUGUUUAGUCAUUCUGUAUAUCUUAAUAACCAGUUAAUUUGUUUAUUGUAACAAUAUGAUGUGAUUUAUGAAUGGGAAGUUCACUGUUUUUCUCUUU